AUGGCGAUUGCUUUGGAGUCUGGCGAGCCUGCUUCACAUGACCCUACCGGCUUUGGCAAGCUUGCCCGCCCCUUUGCAGCUACGGCCCGCUUUGGAGGACAGGAGGGCAUAUUUGCAAUGCUAAACGCAAAGGAUCCGCAGCCCCCCCUGCAGUGGUCAAUCAACCUGUGCAGAAACAAACCUGUCAAGAAGUGGCCUUGUGCAAAAACUGACUCCAUUUUUCGUGUUGGCCCAACGGCUCCUGAGACGGCCUUUGGUCUCGAACGCAGCGCACGCUUAAACGGCUUAAGCCGCUUGGCACGACGACAUGGUCGUGGGCCACUGCUAUGGGUGCUGCGCUCACAAAACAUCGAAGAGAACGCGCAGGUAAGCCUCGGCACCUCGAUUUGCAGCCUUCUGGUCUCCAUCUUUCUUUUACAAGGAUGGCAGCCGGUGCGUUUCCGUUUCUAUGGCGGAUGCUUGCUGGGUCUAUGUAGCAUGCAGUGGGCCGAGGCCUUCUUGUGGUAUCACGGAGAUCUCGUGGAGUCCUGCCAAGUCGGUGGUGCAAACCGCUUUGGGACACAGAUCCUAGUGCCCUUGGCCUUGAUUUUGCAGCCUUUGGGCCCUUUCUUUUCAGCACGUCUUUUUCUACCUCAACGGGCCUUGCCCAUGUGCUAUGCAGCCCCACCCUUGCUGUGGUUUGGAGGACUUUGCUUCAAGUAUUUGGUCUUUGGUGAUGCUUGGAUGCAUACUGUCCCAGUUGACCCUGCAACAAAAUGCAACCAAGGAAAUAGCGCUCCUUACAAGAUCCUUGCUUUAAGGAAGUUCUUUGAAGUGACGCACACGACCUUUGAGGCUUGGCAGAUGAUACUGUGGUGUGCAUAUAUCUCAGCACCAGUGCUGAAAGCCAUGAGACCGUUGUUGAAAGCACUCUUCGCAUGUGCCUGGGGCUUGGCGUGCUGCUUGUUGUCAAUGACGAUCACCGAUUCUCCUCCCAGCAAUUGGUGCAUUUACAUCGUCUCCUACAACAUCAUCGCUCUGAUCGAGUACGCCUUGGUGCAAGCUGGGCUGGUCUCCGGCGAGGAGUCCGACGAGAGUGAGGAUGAGUCAGAGACAGAGACUGAUGAGGAGGAGGGCCUGAAGACAAGUGCAAAUAAGAUUUCAGGUGCGCUUGAGCCCUGUGAUGCCUCGAGUGGAUUUUCACCUACCUUGGCCAUGACUGAGCACGAGGGUAACAUCGUCGAGCUCCCUAUGAAGCCAGUGGCGCCCCGGAGGAACUUGACCGAGAGGCAUGCUGUAAGCUGUUCCCUCACUGGCCAUGGCGCAGUGUUGUGUGAUGAUGCACAGGCCUUUCCAGGCACUCUUUAUCCCGCCCUUGCCAAGGCGGCAGGGAAAACCUUGCCGCAGGGGUCCAUCAAGGGAGCGGCCGUGUUGAUUGAUGACGUGGCCCUUCUGCUUCAACAUCCCAACCUGGCGCGUUACUUGGACCUCUUGGUUGGUCGUGACAGUGUUGUUUUCAUCGCCAGUGAGCACAGCUCUUUGUCGCUGGGCACGGUGCUCGCAGCCCAUCCCACAGGUUUUGUGGAGGAAAAAUCACUUCGCAUCGUUUCUCAGUUGCUGCGGGCCUUGUGCCACUUGAAUAGCCGGGGUUUGGUGCAUGGGCGGCUGGAUUCCAACUCUGUGGUCUUCAAAGAGGCACUGAAGGAGCAGAGUGAUGAGAUUCUGUUGACAGGUCAUGGCAUGGGACAUCUUCUGGGCGGGUCUGACCUGUCUGGAAUGCAACCUCUGACCUGGAGCCCUUUGACACCUGCUGACCCCUGUUGCUUGUCACCUGAAGUGGCGGGCGAACACCUCAAACAGGCGAGCUGCCAACCAGACGUGUGGAGCUUGGGGAUUGUGCUGCUGCAGAUGCUGCAGGGUCCCUGGUCCCACCUCCUCUCGGAAGCGCCUUCCGAGCGACGGAGGGGUGGCCUUGUGGCGGCAGAGACCGCGGCGGAGCUGUGGCGCUUUGCCAACUCCAGCGUGAGCACAGCAAAUCCUGGCCUUACGCUACCAGUUGUGUUAAACUGGGCCGACAUGGGCGACGGAUCAGCUGGAUCGGCGUUGCCAAUUCCACAAAGUUUGCAGAUGAUGAACGACGCUUCGAUCAUUGAACUGCAAGGAUCCUACCGGCAAUGGCUUAAGGGCGAAGGCCUUUGUAGUGGAGGUUUGGUCAAUGACUUCUGGGAAGAGUGUGUGACUUUGCGGCCCUCACAGAGGCCGAGGCCGCAGGAUCUCGCCUCUCAUGCCUGCAUGGCGCAGCCUGAUCUUGUGUCAGCCGCAGGCGUGUGGACGGUCCGAGGAGAUGCAAACCUUUACAGUCGAGAUGAUGAGGCACCCCCAGAAGCAGCUUCCCAGCCGCAGAGAUACCUGCAAAGUAUGGGAGUGGACUUGGCUCACCUGAGCUACUGGUGGCACUUGGCGGGUGGAAGCCCCUACCGCGUGGCAGCUGAGCGUUUGCUCUUGCGACCGACGCCGGCCAUCUUUCGCUUGCCACUUUUUGUCCUGGACUCCCACGAGGAGGAGGGUCACCGGAGCACGUUCUUGAGUGAGGAGAUGACCACAGCCACAUCCCGCCCGUCUGCGAAGACGGACGCCACCGGGAUGCAGUUUUGGGACCCGCCACCCGAAGCACCACUGGGCUUCUUUUCAGUGGACCUCACAGACCUUUGUCAGGGUCUUCAUGCCGCCGAUCGUGCGAAUGCAAAGGACUUGCGACCGGAAUCACUUUACGAAAGGCAUCAGCACUUUGCAUACCAAUGGCUUCGCGUGAAACAAUUUCAACGCUUGCUGGCCGCUUUGACGCACAGACGUGUGGAGCUCUUCCGUGAAGCGAGCGAGGAUCUUCCUCCCCUGCUUCGAUCGUCCAUAUGGUCGGCCUUGCUGGGCGGGGCACCUCUGCUGGAAUCGGAUGAGGCUUGCUGGUCACCCUUCUACGAACACCUUUUGACGACACCGCUUGGAGGAGGUUUCUCGGAUGGCCAAGGCGUUGGGAACUAUUUGCUUGAAAGGCCGAGCAGCGGUGGCACGGGACGAUCUUUUUCGGACGAUGAGAGGUGGAAGGUUGCAAUGAGAAGCGUGCCGCGCGAUAGCUUUGAUAGUUCUGACAGCAACCGGCGCUUCGAUCGCUUGAUUCAUGCCCUGCUGGCGGCCAAUCCAGAUCUCCAACACCCGGAGGGCUUGGGUGCCUUGUGCUGCGUGGUGACCGCUGUUUUCCAACAACGCGAGGAGGCCGCCUUCCUGGCACUGCAACGACUCUUGCAUGGCUUUCUUUGGCCGCUCUACGGUCCAGAUGGCUUGGCCCAGCGCCGCCGCAGCUUACAGAUCUUCGGGACGUUGAUGAGCUUUGCGGAUCCUCAGCUGGCUCUCCACCUGCAUGAGCUUGGAAUGCAGCCAGAUGCUUAUGCAAGUGACUGGCUUUGCACAUGGUUUGCGAAACUGCUUCCACUGCCACAAGCUAUCCUCUUGUGGGACACGCUGCUUUUGCAUCCUCCGCAGUUUCAGCUCUUCGUUGGUUUGUGCCUGGUACAUUUCUUCCGGGAGUCCCUGCUCUCAUUGAAUGAAGCCUCUCAGAUCGCGACGUUUCUAUCCAGUUGUGCUCAACUGGUGGAUAUACAGGUCUUAGUCACCGCAGCAAGGGACUUCUUUCAGGCACUUCCGGCCUCUCUUACUUUGCCCGUUUAUCCUAGACACUCAGCUGGUGAAGCCUUGCUUUGGGAAGAAGGAGCUGCUCCCAUUGCAGCCGACCCCAGCUGGGGCUACUUGAACUCCGUGCUCGGUGGACAGCCACAGGAGAAGUCCGAAGCGCAGCAGAAGCUGGCCCAGCAUGCGACAGAGCAAUGGCGACAAUGUGAAUGGUGGCGCCAGCGCAGCAAGAAUGUCUCAACACCGCCGAUCAUUACAGUGGACGAUUUUCUCAGUUAUCGCAGUCGUUGCUUUAUUCUAGACGUCCGUCCGACAGAGGAGUUCGACAACUGCCAUUUCCAAUCCAGCAUUCACGUCAGUGAUCCUGAAGCACCUGAUUUGCUGUCCUCGUUGCCUCCUGACUUUGUGUCUCACUGCGGGACACCAAGAGAAGCUCAGGAGGAGCCUGCCUCACCGUGGCUUUUUGCCACCUCACGUUUGCGGUUGGUGGUGGUCAUUGGGGCAGAGGAUUUUGGCAUCGCUUUUGCUGAUCGGCUGUUGAAUGCCGGCAUCAGGCAUGUGCUUUGUCUUCUAGGAGGCAUCGCUGGAUUGAGAGAGCAAGCUCCAACAUACUUGACACGCGUGGAUCGGAGCCGCGGUGAAAAGGGCAGAUGGGCAGGGGAUGGUGUGCUGUCCCAUCGAGCUGGCAUGGACACCCUGCAGCGCGCGGCCAAGCCCAUUUGGGACAAAGCGGAGUCAUACGUGCAGACCAAGCUUCGCUGCCAUUGCUUUUUGUGCAGCUCAUUGUUGCGAAGAUAUGGCGAUGCGGGCAUUCGGACGUCCAUCCAGGCACAUUUUGAUGAGUAUGCUUUUGCAACUGCCAUUGUAUCUCUUGAUAAGCUCUCAGACUUCUCUGGAGGCCUGGUGGUGCAAGCACAACCUGCUGAGCAUUCACGACGCCUCGUCGAGCUGGACUUGGGAGAUUUGGUGCUGCACUCCUAUGACCUGCUCCACAGUGUCGACGUUCAAGGCGGUACUCGUCACAGCCUGAUCAUGUGGUUCAGCACCAGCCGGGCGGCCUGUCACAAGGCACAGACGCCCUGGAAGAGGAAGUAUGCUCGACUGGGGGAGCCCAAUGCCCAGUAUCAGUAUGCCCGGAGCUUGAUCUUCAAUAGUGGUGAAGCGGCGCAGGGCUGGCGAUGGCUGGCACAAGCUGCGUCCAAAGGACAAAGCACCGCACAGCUGAAUUGGGGGUUGAGGCAGAUGCAGGAGGGCCGCAGGGCGAGAGCCCAGCAUUGGUGGCGCCGUGCUGCACGUCAGGGUGUCAAGGAGGCAGCUCACAAUCUGGGCCUUUCCUUCUUGGAGUCCGGAUCCUUCAAAAGCGCUUUGCGCUGGCUGCGCCGUGCUGCUCACAUGGGCGACGCGGAUGCGGAAGCCCUGCUCGGUGGUUGCUUGGACUUCCAUCCGCCCUGCGCCGAACGAGCCGACUACUGCAAAGACGUGGUGAGUCCUCCACCGAAGCUUGAUGAGACGCUGGACUAUACACCACAAGCCUUUGACACCCAGGAAGGAGCUGAGUCCAGGGUCUUGCUCCAGGCAUAUCGCGGCGAGAACUUCUUGUUGCCCUUAAUCCGUGCUUGCCCAUUUGUCGACAAGACCGUGUCCAGCGAAUGCGAAGCCCAAAUUCAGGAGUACCUUUUCGGUUUGCUGCUGUUCGGCAGUCCCGUGCUUGCAGGGCUCUUUUUCCUGUGCGUUUGGCAGAUUUGCUGCUGCACUGCCGCAUGCCGAUGUUGCCGUAGAUGUUGCCUUUGCGCUGAGCGCAAGUCACCUCAACCUGCUGCUCUUUGGCAGAAGGUCGUUUUGGCUUGCCUAGUGCCCAUCAUCCUGGUGGUCUCUUUGGCUGGCACCUUCGUGGCUUACACGGCGUCCGAGAGGAUUACUAUCAGUGUGGCAGAAGUUCUUUGCCAUGGUCUGGCGUUGGCCGAUGAAACCUUGAAUGGCUCGCCAGCUGAGCCGCUCUUCCUGGGCGUUGAUGCAGGCAUCGAGCGAAUGUCUUUACUCCGGCAGCUUCUGGAUGUGGACGGCAAGUCAAUGGCCGACGUUCGAGCCAUCCUCGACGACACGGCAACGUUCGGCUCUGCUAUGGAGGAUUUGCUGGCCAAAGUGGACCACAUGAAACGUGUCCUGACACUCGUGGGACAGCAGAAGUUAAAGGAACACAGCUGCUACUUCUGCGCUCGGGCUGCAGGCAGCAAUGCUACUGGAGAAGUUGGCCUCUUGAACGAACUGCUUUUGGCGCUCCAGCGGUCCUCAGCAGAUGCCAUGCAAUCGGUCCGGCAGACCACGCAGGCAACACUCACGGGGAGGCAGUUGGUAGAAGUGAGUGCUGCCGUGCAACGAGGAAAUGCAGCCUUGCAGGUCUUCAAGCAGAGUGCCGCUGGGAGCUUCGUCGAAAUGUUCUUGUCAUUUCGCGCAGAUUUUCAAGCCUUGGAGGAUGCCCGACAUACAGCCUUCAUGUCAAUUUCGGGCCUCGCUUUGGUCAUGGUGGUUGUCAUCAAUCUCGGUGCUAUCAUCUACGCCCGGCGCUCCAAAGCCAAAUACCCCUCCGCAACACCUUCCUGCGUCACUUGGUUUUGUGGCUUUUGCGUCUUGAGCUUCGGUUUCCUUUUCGCCGGGGGUCUUUUAUUGAUGGCCGUUCCUGUAACCGAGCUUUGCAGCUUCUCCCGCUACGAGCUGCUCUCCUACAAGGGCAUCGCUGAUUACUACAGGCAGAUCGGGCUUUACAACCCACAAGAUCCAGCCCUGCAGAUGGACCCUUUGGCGGCAGAUGUGUUCCGAACAUGCUUCACAGGCAACGGCACAGGCGACUUGAUGGAGGCCGUGCAACUUCGGACACCCUUGAGCUUUCAAGAGGUUUUAGACACUGGCUUUGUGGAGCUGGAGGAUCAGCAGGCUGGAAUGGUGGUGGACACUGCGAGAUAUGAGCUCUUGGUGACGCAGGCUCGUUUGUUCGGCGGGCUUUUCCUCCUGGAUCCUGACCAGGCGUUGCCCUUGGACGCUGCGGCAGCGCCACGCUUCUUGGGCAGCUCUUUAGAUCCCGAUGACCAGGUGGGCCCUGAUGGAGAGUCCCUGAUCUACGGCCUCAAUACGUACGCAGCGUCCAUUGCUGGAGCAGGACAGUAUUCCUUCGAGCAUGGCACCUCUGGCGGUGGCAUCCUCAUCACGGCCACGGAGCCCAACGAGCAACAGCUUGCUCAAGUAGCUCCACGCACCCGUAACGCUAUAGCCUAUGCACGCCUGAAGGAGCAGAUCCUCUCUGAAAGCACGGUGCUUCGCUGUGACGUGAUGGAUGGCAACUAUAUUGUGACGGAGCGGAGGUGCAGCUACGAGGAGUUCAAGGCCCACGUAGUGGACAUGGCAGAGCAAGUGAAGGCUGCUGGCUUGCAGCUUGGGACGGAGGCGAACUCCGCCAAGCGGCUCCUCGCCACCGACCUUCGAAGUGCCCUCCAGAACGUCCUCACAGAGAUUCGAGAUCUUAGGACUCUCUUGGGAUGCCGCUUUCUUUGGCAGCGUUGGGAAGAUCUCGACUUCAAGCUUUGCAACGUUGCUUUGCCUGGUGCUAUUGAGGCACAACUGAGGGGAGCUCAGUUGCAAAUGGCCUGUCUCGUUGCGCAGGCAGCAAUUGCCAGCUUGGUCUUGGCAGCGGCGUCAUUGCUUCUGUGGCCGCCUUAA